UGAACGCGCACCUUUCCAUCCGUAUCCAAGCAGCGUUACGCGGAGGGAUGUGAGAGAGUAACAGUGCCGUAGUGUUGAUAUCGUCCUACUGGACUGUUCAGGGAAGCACCGUUAUUCCUCUACUGCUCCGUUUAUCAUAAUAAUCUACACACCUGAGCAUGGAGGCGAUAAAAUCAGCCGGGAGAGCCAUAAUAAAAAGUCCUGGAGUUCCUAGGCAUGCAUGGGGAACUGCCAAGCACGAAAAGCUUCCAGAGAACUGGACAGACACUAAGGAGACCCUGAUGGAGGGAAUGGUGUUCAACGUGAAGUACAUGGGCAUGACAUUGGUUGGUCAGCCUAAAGGAGAGGAAAUGGCUGCCGCCGCCAUUCACAGGAUUGUCUCAACGGCUCGUGCAAGUGCAAAAAAAUUUCGGAAGGUGACCCUCACCGUUUCCCCUAAAGGGAUCAUCAUUACAGACACGGAGACCAACGAUCUUAUAGAGAACGUGUCUAUUUACAGAAUCUCCUACUGCACAGCUGAUAAAACUCAGGAUAAAGUCUUUGCCUACAUCUCACAGAGUGAGUUCAGUGAAACUCUGGAGUGCCAUGCCUUCCUCUGCCAAAAGAAGAAAAUUGCCCAGGCAGUCACACUUACAGUAGCACAGGCUUUUAAAGUUGCUUUGGACUUCUGGGAAAUUGCCCAAGAAGACAAAAGUAAGAAGGCUCGUACAUGCUGUUCCUGUUCAGACAGCGAUGUUCAUGUGGAAUCAAAAUCUCACUCUGCUUCAGGGACUGAAAAAUCCCAGACUCUGAUGGAGCACAAACUACAGAAGCCUUUCCUCUCCUCUUCCAUCGUUUCACUAGCCCCACGCAGCCAGCCUACCAGGAGACGGCCAGUCAAGCAUGAUUCCUGGGAUAUGGAAGAAGACAGCCUCAACACAUACUCAAGCAGUAUGGGGGUGGAGGUGACGGAGACAGGUAAGUCAGAGUCAGACCGUCAGAUCCCUGCUUCAGAGCAGUGUUUGAGGAUGCAGCUGUGAGCUCACUGGAGGAGAACUUCAUGUCUCUCAGCAGUCAAGAGACAGAUUAAACACACACACAAACACUGACAAAAAGAACGCUAUCAUUAUCUAUCAGUGUAAAAGGUUCGUCAUGCACUGUAAGCACAUAAUACCAAAUGACAGCAACAAGAAAGCCCUGCAUAUUUAAUUAGCUAUUUUCUAAUGAAAUUUGUGUUUUUACAGCAAAUAAAGAGAGAAAAGGCUGCAGAGCUGUUUAACUAAACCAGAUUUUGCAUUGUUUUUGCAAAAUCUGGUUUACUGGAAUUGCAGUCGUUCAUAUAAAGCCGUUCACUCCGUGUUGAAAGUUUACAGAUUUGCUGGUGUUUUGUUCACCAGCAGACUUUAUAUGUGACCAGCUUCAAAAAAUUUACAUAUAGAACAUUUAUAAAGAAAUGUAUUAUCCACAUUUUAAUACAAAAAACAUGAAUUAUACCGCAACUAAAGGUGUGAUGACAUUUUUAGAUAAUAAUAGAGAAUACAUUUUCACCAUAUGAAAAAUUGACGUAUAUAUUUAUGACAUUGUGCAACCAACAAAAAUAGUCAACGAAUGCUCUUUAAUUUACAGUAAAUAAAUAAAGCAUCUCUGAUUUAAGAUUAUACUAAUAAAAAGGUCAUUAAAGGUAGUUGAGUGAUCACGUAUGGAGACACAGAUCAAUUCUGGUAUUUUUAAAGACCAGAAGAUUUCAAAAACCGAAGUCUGGGUCAUAUGUGAAAAAAAAAACAUCCUUACCUCGAUACCUAGACAUUUUUGUGAUACACAGAUUGUAUCGUAACAUUUAGUUUUGUUGAAGCACCAUUAAGAACAGUGAAGCCGUACUGUGAGUUUAGAUUUUUCUUUCCUUGGUGAUUUUUGCAAAAAUGUAAGUGAUUAACUAGAGAAAAUAAAUCCCUCAGUACACAAGUUUAAUGUCUUCUCAGUUACCUGUAAGAAAGAGUAACAAUCAAGUAAUAAAAGCACUGCCAGUACUGAUGAUGAUGCACAUGCAAUACUCAGACUAGUUUAUCCUGAUGUUAUAUCACAAUCGUAAUCCCCUAGCCAUACACGAGCCUUAGAGAUGAUUAUUAACACUGUGUUUAAACUGGAUUCUGCCCAUUUCCCCGUCCCUGAGACAUAGUGCUACUGGUAAUGACAGAUUUUUCUUAUAAGAAUAUCAGGGUAACUGAUGCUGUCAUUUCUUUUAGCAUUUAUCUUCUGACAAACCUCCAGAAAUGAUUAUUAUUGUCAUCCAUGUUUUCAUAACUGUUCUAUGGAUUUAUAUAUAAUUCUAGCAGCAAUAUAAUUAAACAUAUUAUUUACAGUGUCUGGAAUUUUUUUUGUGAUAUUUAUUCUGUUUGUUUUUUUUGUCAUUUACUUACCGUAUGUAGAUUUCUAUAGUUAUGUGUAAUUGAUAUAAUGACUUGCUUUUUAUUUUCAUUUAAAAGAAUUAUGCACUGUAUCAUUACAUAUUCGUUAUGUAAGAGGGAUAUGUUGCCAUUUAACAGUUUCACACCUGCUAAUCUUGUGCUCUCAAUAAGUGUGUACAAUAAGUCACGUUUUUCUGCACAUCUGGUACAUUUUCUGCGUUUUCACCCGAAAGCAAUUGAUGUGAAAUCCAUCUGCUGAGCUCACAGUGAAAGCACUUCAUUCAUCCCUGCUUUCCUGUUCUUUUUCUUCCAAGGUCAAACUAUAACAGAAGCACAGUAAAGGUGAAUAUUUCUCCUGUUUUCAGAUGAAGUACCAAAGGUCAAACUAGGUGUUAUGUUAUGUUCUAGGUGUUAUGUCACCUCUUGUACAUGUUUAACAUGGAACCUUUUUAAUAUAUUUGACUGUCUCGUAUAGGAUGUUUAAAACUCGCUUGCACAUUGUAAUGGUUUCUAUGGCAAUUUAUUUCAGCUCAUUUUGUGUAAAUGAAGAUGUUUAUGCUCCAUCAGCCUGCAUGCACCAUGUCAGGGCAAAGUCCUGCAUGUCUACAGAAAAAAUACAAUACAUGAAGGACAUUUCAUUUCUGUUCAUCCUAUUUAUGUGUAUAUGACACAUUCAGUCUAAUACAAGAACCUGUGAUGAUUCAUACAUGCUGGAGAGCAAAAAAUUCUUUUUUCUUUCAUUUGUUGGUUCAUUUAUUUGCUGGUGCUAUUUCUUAAAAAAAAAAAACUAUGCAAAGUUUAAAUUUAC